AUGUCUGACGACUCUUUUGUCCUCUCUGCGGCGCGCUACGGCAAGGACAAGGUGCGCGUCCUGCGGAUUGUCCGCGAAGGCGCCUGGCACCAUGUUGUGGAGUACAACGUCCAGGUGUUGCUUGAGGGUGCGAUAGAGACGAGCUACACUCAGGCGGAUAACAGCGUUGUUGUCGCCACAGAUUCCAUGAAGAAUAUUACCUAUUACAUCGCCAAGAUCUCACCUCACAUCUUGGUGCCGGAGCACUUCGCGCUGCAUCUCGGCACCCACAUAGUCUCGCGCUACGCCCACAUCGCCAAAGCAUUCGUCACGGUCGAGCAGCUCCGGUGGUCGCGGAUUUCAAUCGAUGGCAAGGACCACCCACACGCAUUCAUUCGCGACGGUGAUGACAAGCGGGUCGUUCGUGCAGAGGUCGAUGCCACCGCAGGAAAGGACAAAAUUACAGGAAACCUCAGCGCGGGACUGGCGGACCUUCUCGUCCUCAAGUCCACCGAAUCGGCAUUCACCAACUUCGUGCGCGAUCGUUAUACCACACUUGCGGAGGUAGACGACCGCAUCCUAUCCACUGCCAUCGACCUCGAAUACACAUUCAUUCCUUUCCCCAUUGCUGCCCCCGCCGAUGCGCAGAAAGAAGAGUUCAUCCUCCCACCGACUAUCACACCGGGCUCCGCCUUUGACAUUGGCGUCCCGGCCCGAGCACGGACGAGCACGCUGCACAUCUUCGCGACGCACAACAGCGCCAGCGUGCAAGCGACGCUCCACCGCAUGGCUAGCGCGGUCCUAAAGGAAAAUCCCGGGGUUCACAGCGUCCGGUAUGCGUUGCCGAACAAGCACUACAUCCCCGUCGAUAUGCGGUAUAUCGGCGUGGAGAAUGUGAAGCCAAGCGAGGCUGAGGUGUUCAUGCCCAUCGCGGCACCGAGUGGGUUAAUCACAGCCACGGUCUCGCGCAAGUAA